GGCAGCAGGACCCAUCCCUGCACCUUUGCAGAGACCCAGCACGAUGCCGAUCAAGAAACCCGACCCGAAGAAGGAAGCAGCCAAAGCAGCUCCAGCCCCGGAGCCCCACCGGGAACCUGCCUUUGAUCCCAAGAGCGUGAAGAUUGAGUUCACUGCAGAGCAGAUUGAAGAGUUCAAAGAAGCCUUCAGCCUGUUUGACCGGACGCCCGCCGGGGCCAUGCAGAUCACCUACGCGCAGUGCGGGGACGUCCUGCGGGCGCUCGGCCACAACCCCACCAAUGCAGAGGUCCUGAAGGUGCUGGGCAAGCCCAAAGCAGAAGAAAUGAACACAAAGCUGCUGGACUUUGAGACCUUCCUCCCCAUCCUGCAGCACUUCACCCGCAACAAGGAGCAGGGCACCUUCGAGGACUUCGUGGAAGGGCUGCGUGUCUUUGACAAGGAGGGCAAUGGCAUGGUGAUGGGCGCGGAGCUGCGCCAUGUGCUGGUCACGCUGGGGGAGAAGAUGACAGAAAGUGAGGUGGAGCAGCUCAUGGCAGGGCAAGAAGAUGCCAAUGGCUGUAUCAACUAUGAAGCUUUUGUCAAGCACAUCAUGUCUGGCUGAAGGAAGAAACUUCAGGUGAGUUCAUGGGUGUCUCCUGCUGCUUAGUCUGAGAUUGGAAAUCCCGCAUCUAAGAGCCAGGAGCAGAGGAACCAAAAGCCAAACCCCACAAGCAACCCUGCAGUGAGCUAAUGCCCUCAGGAACACUCCCAGCUCUGAGAGCACGAGAAGCUGUGUUUGUGAUAACGAGCCUCAUCUCUAACUUGUGCC